AAUUACCGCGCGGACCUCCCGACUUCCCUCCAACGUCUCCAUGACGCCAUGGACCUACCCCAAUUCCCUCGCCCUCUCUGGAAGGACCUCCUCCAAGGCUUCUAUGUGGACUUCGACAAACUCUCGUCCACCAUCAGAUCCAUCAGCGGCGACGCCACUGAACCUAGGCGCCUUGGAGAAUUUGAAUGGAUCGAGGCCUAUUCCAUGUACGCCGAAGCCGUCAAGUUUGCUUUUCCCUGCCGAGAAAAGGAACUCCUCGGGUAUGGCCACAAUAUUGCCAAGCUCUUUGCAGGGACCGCGCCUCGUUUCCACUGCACGGUUCUCGAAUACGAUCGCGCGAUCCGUACUAGAGUCGGCCGAUCAAACAACUUCCAACUCACCGAUUCAGCCGAGUUCGACGAUCUCGCGAAGGCUCACAUGUCGCCCAUCGGC